AUGACGUCAACCGGAGCGAUGAGUCAAAAGGCAAAGCCGACGACGUUUACCUGCUGCUUGGUGAGUUUCGCAUUUUUAAGACACGUUUUGGUAACCUUUCGUUAUUAUAUAAACCUCUUGCACCACGAUUUCAACUAGGCGCACGACUUUUCCUUUGUCUGCACUGUCAGUCCUGAGGGAGAGGAGGAUUCUACGGUGUAAGCCUGAUUUUUCAUGAUUAUUCCGGUUUUUGUAUGCUGUGCGGAUCUAUAUUUCCAAGGAACAAAGAGCGAUAGACGUCACCCACGCAGUAUCGAUCGUUGCGUCGAGCGAGGAAAAUCAGAAACACAUUUCCAUCUGCUGAGGUUUUGCUAGCAUCCUUUUUCCAUCUUUCUCUAACACGAAAUAGAAAGCUGGGUCAACUCAGCUAUUUUUUUAAAAAAUAAUUUGCUGUUGGAACACAUACGGCAGAAGGCUUAUUUAUGUUAAAAUACAGACAUUGUUUACUUUUUAAAAAGCAUUUUUAUUAGCCGCAGCAAGCGGCGAAGGAUUUCCAUUGGACUGCACGGUAAAAAGUCCAACGGCAUAAUCGAGCUGAAAGGAAAUGCUGCUGUUAAGAGCAAGCAAGUUGACAAGGACAUUAUGUCCUUGGCCACUAAGUUAAUUUGCUCUCCCGGUUUCUGGUAUAUUUAAGAAAUUAUGCAAAUUUUUUUGUGUUACCUCGAGUGGACAAAUAUAGAUUUGUUACAUAAUACAUAACAAAGAUAAACAUCUACUGUUGAUGCGAAAAGACAAAAGUACAGAACCCGAAAAUUCGCUGUAUUGAAGGCGAAUUUUAAUUACUUUCUCGAGGUUUUCCUUGAGCCACACGGCUUUCUAUUGCUAAAAACGUUUCAUUUGAAAUUUAAUAUUUUAUAUUUGACUGUCUAUAUUUACUCGACGAAGGCCGUCGCUGCCCGCAGGCUCAACGCUGAGGUAUUUCAUUGCACUGCAAAGAAAGAUUAACUUUUAUAUUCAUGACUAGUGUUGACACCAAACGGAAAUGCGCUUCACUUUGUGUGGCUAACGCACGUAGCUAGCUGAAGUUAAGACCAAGAACUGCAGCCAUAUUGUUUUUAAAAAAUACCCUCGGGGAAAAAGGCGAAAACGGAAAACGAAAAGUAACAGCAAAAAAAACAAAACAAAACAAAACAAAUCGGGGAGCGAAGCAAGCCGAGCGAUGGCCUACUCAGCUCGCCGAUUCUUUUCCUUCUUUCUUUCUUUCUUUCUCUCUGUCUUUCUUUCUUUCUUUUUUUUUUGUGGCUUUUUCCCCCAGUGCAAAGGGGAGCCUCGUUGUCCCAAAGUGCCCCACCACCAAGUGUCCUUAUCGUUGAUUUUAUUGAUCGGGGCCCCGGGGGUAAAUAACAAAGUUUUAUACGGGGAGGCCCCUCCCCGAGGUUUAACCCCUUACCCUGUAAUAUACCAUUUUAACAGAAAAGGUACCCCUUUCACAUACCAAGUUCAGAACUUUGCAUCCUUUUUUAACUGCUGUAAAUGUACUUUAUUUUAAAUAUGAUAAAAUCGCAAAACCAGUUAACCCUUUUAUCCUUUUUAAAGACCUACCUGACAGAUUUCCAUUCCCUUUCAUAUACUUCAACUAGUGAAAUCCCAUUCCUACCCUUUCCUAUAAACUUGAACCUUGCAAAAAGUGCCUUCGGGCGGAGCCUUCUUAUAUAGGGCAUUAUAGGGAGUGCACCCCGCCCCCGACCACCCCCCCCCCUCCCCCACCCCCUUCAUCAUGAGAGGAAACAGGGUUCUGUCGGUUCUGCUUUUCGAUUAUAUUUCGGUCCAAGAUUUUAGUUAAAUUUCUUGUGCUUUUCCUCGUAACCUUAAUUUACCCACGUUCGGCCUUUGGUCGUCUUGAAGAAGCAGAAGAGAAAUUGACAAAUGCGUCAACGAUGCAUUCUAGUGCCAGCGUAAAAGCCCUUUUUUCUAGGUAAUUUCGUUGUUUUUUUUUUUGUUUGUUUCGAGGCGAUCAAUCAACGAUUUUCCGAUUUCAUUAGUCAUGGGCUACUGAUCCACCAUGGCUCCCAUGUCACGAUGGUCGGUUGCUAGGGCUUUUCCUCCCGCAACUUCGUAAAUUCAAUUUUUGGCUCACAGAGCAGUAUUUUCUAUUCCAAAUGAAGCAAGACAUUAAAACAUCUUAAUUAGAGAAAAAUUUUCUUAAAAUUUUUACCAUUGUAAAGGUAUUUUGACGUUUCUUGAAGUAUGACGUCAUAAGUGACGCCUAUUUUUAGUAACAACAUUAAAAACUUGCAAAGCAGUGUUCAAAACAUUACAGACAUUUUUGCUACACAAAAAGAAUAUGUAUAGUGAAAACCCCACCUCAAUCGGAUAAAAUGGCGUAAAGUUACAGCUAGUAAAAGAAAUCAAAUUUCCCCACAUGACCAUAUAUGGUCAAAAUUAGGGGAUUUUAAACGCGAAGAACAAUGAAUGUAUUUUAACAGGAUGUUGCAUAAAAUCAAAAUUGUAGUUUUUCUACUUACUUUUUUUUUUACUUAUCCACCAUGUUUACGUCACGAAAUACGUCAUUGUGACGUCAAAAUGACGUAUUUCGAGACGAAAAACGUUUUAACCUAAGUAGAAAAAAAAAUACAAUUUUGAUUUUAAGUAACUUUGUUCCUGUUCCAGCACAUUCAAUGUUCUCGGUUCUAAACCAUGGUCAUUUGGGGGAAUUUCUUUAAUUUCUCUUUUUAUCCGAUUGAGAUGGGGUUUUUAGAAAUCAUAGAAUUCUACAGAAAACGUAAAAUUUUACCAUGUCUCCUGAAUUUUUUUGUUCGGAUGACGCAACAGAAUUUGGACAUCAUUUUUAAAUUCAGAAGUCACAAACAACCGACGUGUGUGGAACAACAAUUUAUCAAACAGUUUAAGGGCAACAGUUCUAAAGCUCAGUUCGAAACCGGCCCCCAGCAACCGACCACCGUGUGUGGACUAUUGCCAGUUUAACCCUAAUCGCAACAGUUCCUAGCAGAGCCGGUUCGAAACAGCGGUAAUUCUCCAUCAAUUCUCCUCACGUUUACACAUGUCACACUGUAGAAUAGCUUUAAAUUCAAGAACAACGACAACAACAAAGGGCGCCCAAAACACCUGUGUAUAUCUACCGCGUAUAAUGAUAGUUUUUAAAUUCUCGAAACACGCGCGUUGUGCAGUUGUAACGCAACCUUACACAAGGCGCGUGGAUUGCACGUGCGUUCAAAACAAAGUGUACAUAAAUUACGGAAGCACUCUAAAAAUUAUGAUUUAGGCCCAUGUCAUUUUUAGCUAACCUGUUUCAGAUGGACAUAUCUGUAGCCCGCAUUACUUUGUAUAAUUUAACUUUUGUCAAUUGUAAUACUAUAAAAUAUAGGGAGGUUGCUCUUUUAAAGAUACUUUUUUUUUUUACCUUAAUGGCGUUUAAGAUUGUAUGCAAACAAGAAUUUGACCAAUAUUGAAAGAGGCGAGUCUUUUCUAUCUUUAGAAACUCUUUUGUUUACUGGCAUGAACUGAGGAGACUUUGCGCACAAGGGAGUUUACAACUACCUUACUAGAUUCUGUUGCAUUGCAGUUAGACGAUGCUGAAAUGGCUAAACAGAGUUGUCAAGCAGUAUUGCAGUCUGCAAACAAGAAGGAAAAGGCGACACAGAUUGUAGUGUUCAAAGAAACAGUGUCACCUGGGCAGGAUAGUUGUUGGUCUUGGGUUGUGUGUUUUGCGGCUGUUUUUUCAAAUGUGGUUAUUUGUGGGUUUACCUACAGCUAUGGUAUCUUGUUUCCCGCUCUCCUAGACGAGUUUCAGCAGGGGAAAGCUAACACAGGUGAGGAAACAACAUAGAAGAGCACCUCAUAUGAGAAUUGGCAUCCUUUCGGGAAAGGCUGCGGCCGGGGGAGGCCUGGGGAAUACUCCCACGAAACUGUCAACGAGCGGGACUGAUUGUUGCCCGUUUGUAAACUGAACAUUUUGGUAUCACUCAGCGUGUUCAAGACGAAGCAACUUUAAAUUUUGCCCCUUGCAUGGAUCUCUUUUUGAUGGGAGCGCCUUUCCCCCCCCGGGGGCUGGCAUCGCGUGCUUAUUUUCGAACUACUCCUGUCAAAAACGCAGUUCCUUGCUUAUCUUAUCACUGAAUUAAAACAUUUAGAUUGGACUGCAAAACGGGUUUUUCAAAUUAAUUCGUUGCUUUAGAAAGUCGCUUGCAGUCUCUCUAUCUUCUAACCUGCAGCUAGAAGAAAUGGGUGAUCUAAGCAUAUAACUUACUAUAAUUCCCUACGUCUUGCUUGUUAAUGAUCUGGCACUCAAAUCUACAGGUCUCAUAUAUUUCUCUCUAAAUCUCGAGAGUGCACUACUCAGCUUACCCCCUUGAACUGAGCUUCAAUAUCAACACGAAUGUUUUUACAGUGUUAUUUAUCAGUGUAAUUCUUACAGCAUUAGCAAAAAAGCAAGCGAUAUUUAAGACUUUAGAGUACAACGUCGCAACGCAGUCGUUAAAAGAUGUGUAAAAUGUCUUCAGUACCACCAGAAACUCAGAUCUUUGACCAUUAUCAAGUAUGUAAAAUCAUGAUAACCUUAAAUGUACUGGUAACUAACUCACCUCUCUACCUGUACUUACACAUGGUGCUAUUUGUUUUUCAAAAUUUCACAAAAUGAAAUUCGGAAAUUUGGUCAAAAUUUGCUUUAGGCUAAAUCUGGCGGUGAUUGGAGAAGGUUCUCCUUUAUAAGGCAUUGUUGCUAUUUGCCCCAAUAUUUACAAAUUUCCAAACUGAUCUAAUGAAUUUCUUAAAGAAUGAGGUCAAAUAAAAGAUCAAAGCAUUUUCUCUUAGGUGAUCAUUUUAUUAAUUCUCACAACCUAAUCUCAUAAUAAUGUAUGAAUAUCGUUAGGAGAAAAUUGCUGUUGGACACUAUUGCGACUUAAAGGGUUAAGGGAUCAGUUCCAUAAAAAUUAACUAUAGUAGUCGGCUCCUGACCUAACAACUCACGCCCAAGUUCCCUUUACCGAACACCUAAGCGGGCAGUCAUGGUCCCAAUCAAAACUACUAACUGAAUUCUAAACCUUCCUUUACGAGGACGCCCCUGACUCCUUAGUCGCAGGGGGCAUCCUCUUUCGGAAGGUUCUACUAUUGCUUCUAAGUACGUAAACUCCUCGCUCCUUAUUUCCCCUUACUUCCUUCAUGCUUUGGCAUUGAACGCUCACGUCAGGGUCGCCUCUUCUACCUUUAUCAGGGACUUUUUUGUACAUUUCUCUGCCCGUUUUUGCACGACUACGACGUGAACAUGCCUAAUUUCGCGUUUUAUGGACGACGUAAACAAGCAACGACGAAAUUUUAUUUCUCUUUCUGUACUUGGAUAUGGUGCCGGGUUCGCCUACAUUUGACAAAGUAAGUGGGUAGGAAUAAUUGCGAUACUGAAAGAACGUAAAUCCAAUUUUUAAGCGACGUUCUCAUUGCCCUCGCGUCGCUGGAUAUUAAAGUCCCUAUUGUAACAUAUUUCGGCCGCCAACUAGCCUGCGAGCGAGCUCUACAUCGCCCCCGCGUCUCCUUUUGCGUGCGGCUCUCGCGUGACUUCUCGCGACUCCCCCAACAGGAGAGCUUGUUCGCAUGCUAGCCACUUACGAACAUUAAAGAUAUUUUUCCACUUUUGUUUUUCACUAGCUUGGAUAGGUUCAAUUGCAAUGGCAGGUGUUGGACUCUAUGGUCCUAUCAUCGGGAAGGUCUACCAUCGUUUUGGUGCUCGAACUGUGGCGUUUUUGGGAUCAAUUAUCUGUGUGAUUAGCCUCAUAGCGACCUCCCAAGCCCCCAACCUCUAUGUCAUGCUUGCCACGUAUGGAGUGUUAUUCGGCUUUGGUUCCUGUAGUGUAUAUAUGAUUACGUUUAUGGCCGUGCCAAGGUACUUCGUUAGGUGGCGCUCUCUAAGUUUGGGACUAAUAGCAAUGGGGCCUGGUGGAGGACUAUUUAUCAUGAGCCCUAUUGUACAAGCUCUGUUCGAAAGGUUCGGCUGGCGAGGAACAUUUUUAGCAAUGGCUGGUGUCGUUUCUCUAGCAUGCGUAAUGGCAUUUGUUUAUCGACCAAUCACACUGGAAUCUGACAAAGUGGAACUACAUAGUGACAGCAAAACGGAUAAUAAGUUCUGGGACUUCUCAAUCGUCAAACAUAAAAAGUUUAUGCUUUGCGUAACUGCAGGAGUAGUUUUUUACCUGGGUCACUAUACACCAACAGUACAUAUGGUAAGUCAAACACCCUCCCUUCACAUUUAACACCUGCGUUCACAUGCCUUGUUCCCCAUACCCCUCUGCGUAGCUCAUUGCUUCAAAACAACCUCCCGGUGUCUAGGUGUUCAUGGGUCAAAAUUUCGUCCGGGUUCGGAUAGAUUUUGUUGUUUGUCUCACGUCGGUACAAAUAUUGCAUAUCAAUACCCCUCCCUUUUCCCUUUCCACUCCAGAAGAGGCCUUUGUCUAAGGAAUGAUUACGCAGGGGGAGGGUUCUUGGGUCAAUUUUUGCUGGAUAUGUGUCGCUGGCCUCUCAGAGCCCUUACCCCUUUAUGGUCUAUUCUGUGGCUAGUUAAAGACCCCAUCUUAGUCACUUUUGGGCAACUGUAAUUUUCGCUAUCCCAACUUAGUCACUUUCUAUUUAUGUAUCUACUUUAUCAAUCCUUCAAAUAGGUCACCCUCAAAAGAAUAGACCCUUUUUUAAAUUGAAUGAAGAAAACCUUACUUUUCAGCUACAAUACAAACAUUCUGGUACGUUUGCUAGCUGUAAAUGUGAAGAACUUUCUAACCCCAAAACUCUGAAAAUGUGCGACCCCAUUCUAGUAACUCUAUUGAAAAUGCAACCCCAUUAGCGUUAUAGUCAAUCCAUUCGUGAAAAUGCGACCCCUUCGAGCGGCACAUUCCCAUUAGCCUCUUUUAAGGACGUAGCUUGAACCCCCCCUUUCGCAAUGAUUUAAGACUUAGGGUGGACGGUUCGGUAUUUUUAAAAGUAAGUAGCAAACGCAAGGGCAAGUUUUUCUGCAUUGCAAGAUCUUAUUUUAAUUAUUUUACAUGCCAUUUUAAGGAAUCACUUUAGACGGAUGCUGCGAAUGCUAUGAAAUAGUAGUUAUAGAUUACAUGUUUUGCUUUCCCACUGUAAGUCAUGCAACAUGACGCUAGAAAACGGGCUAAAUCAAUAAUAAUAAUAAUAAUAAUAAUAAUAUUUCUAUUCUUUGUUACUUUACAGGUUCGGUUUCUCGAAGACAGAGGAUCCUCUGAAGUGAAAGCCUCGCGACUGUACAUCUACAGUGGAAUAGCCUCGUUGCUAGUCCGUCCCGUGAUUGGUCGAGUGAAUGACCUCACGUGGGUUAAUCCGUGCUACAUAUACACCGUAGCAGCUGCUCUAGAAGGCGUGUUUACCAUCCUGUUGCCUUUUGCCUCGACGCAGUUUCAUUUUGUAAUAUAUUUUGUAUUCUAUGGAUUGGCGGACGGUACAGUGGGAUGCGGCAUUAAUAUUGCUAUAUUAAACGGUCUCCCGGAGAGGCUAAAGCCAUUGGGAUUUGGCAUUUAUAAUUGUCUGUCAUGUAUCACUUCAGCUUGUGGUCCGGCUCUUGGAGGUAUAUAUUUUUAAAAUGAGUUACGUAGUUUCUAAACGUCCCACUGAUUUAAAACUAAUGUAGUUUCACACUUGACAUACUUAAAAAAUGCUGAGAAGUAGGAGUUGAUUGAAAGUGGACAACGCGCGUGUACAAGAAAAGACUUAAGGCAGGGUAGAUUUCACUCGAAAAUUUAAGCAUAGAACGUGAAAGUAAACAAAAGAGCGACAUCCCUUUAAAAAAAAUGAAAACUAUACUGAGAUCACGUGAUGCGAUUUUAAAUUUUGAAGGCUAUCUUUAUAACUGUAAAAUUGACCGCCAAGCAACUUAACAGUACAUAAUCUACUCAAAGGCAAAUUACAAUUAUUAAAAUUUGAAUGACCUACAUGUAUGCAAUGAGGAUAGCCUAUAUUUGGUUACACUGUCUGCAACGUCUAUUUUCUUUAAUAGCGGUGUGUUAACAAACGCUACUUGCCGCUAGCAACAUGGUCACUGUUUCAAUGUUCUGGGACAAGUGUACUCUAUGAUGGUCGUGAAAGGCUCUAAAAUUCUUUCUUUUUGUUUUGUUUUGCUUUUUUUGGACUUCCCUGAUCCUCGGAGCCAAGCAUGAAAGUUAUUGUUUUGCAUUCAAAACAAUUCACCGUUUCUGAUUGGCUCCAAAGUCCCAACUCACCGUUCAUAACCAAGUGGCGUUUACCAUAUUUGAAAAAUGGAAGCAUUACUUGUAUACCAUCCUUUCGACGGUAUAUUUGAAUUGGAAACGAGGUUGAUCGAUAGCAUAUUUGAUUGGAAACGAGGCUGUUAGAGCAAUAGACCAUCGCCAAGCCACCAGGCUGUUUAUUCACGAGUGAACUAGAACAAAUGGCGUUCACUUAAUCUGAACGGGAGAACUACAAGAAUACGCUAAACAUAUCGCCCGAUGGAUUUCAGCUAUUUUUUGAGGAGUAUACAUGUAUCUGCAAGGAAAAACAUCUGCUUUUGAAACCGUACCGAGAAUUAAGCCAAAGGUUUGAAGCAAGUCUAUGAGUAGGUAGUCUUGUUCAGAACUUAGAAGCAUUUUAAAUAAUUAAAAGAAUAAUAAAGCAAUUAUCAAAUUCGGCUUUCGUAGGAUGUGAAGAAUUAUGCAGAUCGAUCUCGGAGGAUGUUGCCUCGGUGGAUAACAUCCUCCUCUAUUUGUAUAAUUCUUCACAUCCUACGAAAGCCGAAUUCAAUAAUUUCUAAACAUAUUUUUUCGUUUUCCUCAUUUAUUUGUUCUCUCUUCAGGAUUGGUUGCAGAUAUUAGUGGAUCUUACGUUCCAGUAUUUCACAUGGUUGGAGCCAUCAUGUUAGCCGGUGCUGCCUUGCUUCUUGCCGUUUCUUGCAUCAAGAAUCCAGACAAACUGAGAACCGAGCAGGAGACAGAUUUAUGGGAGAUGCUUCUGGUCGUGGAGAAGUGUUCCGUUGUGUGAAUUGAAUUUUAAGUCAACACACCCCUUAUUAAAUGAAAUCUAUUAAAUAUGGGUUCCAAUUUCUUAAAAGCUACGCUCCUAAAGGGCGCUUUCCCCCGAGGGAGGGAGGGGUACUCAACAUAGUUUUCUACGGGGACGUUCCGCCUCAUGGUCCAACCCCUUACCCUUCUUAUACUAUUUUUGAUAGAAAACGUAUGCCUUUCACAUACCUUGUUUAGAACUUUGCAUCCCUUUUAACAGCUGUAAAUGCACUGUCUUUUAAUUAUGAACAAAUCACGAAUCCAGUACGUUUUCCCGACUUUUUCAAAGCCAUGAAACGCAUCAGUUAGCCUUAUUAGGCCUUUUACGGACCGAAAUACCAGAUUUUCCUACCCUUUCUUACACUCUAACUAGUGAAAUCCCUACCCUUUCCCAUACCUGAAGCCCGAAAUAUGGACCCCUUUCGGGCGGAGCCACUUCGCAUAGGCCAUUAUACAGAGUACCCCUCCGACCUCUCCGGGCACUUUCCAAAGUCAGAACUGGCCGGCUUCUAGGUCAACCAUUUUGAAAAUAAAAUAUUACCAGUUUUGUCUCAACCGCUGCCGUGUAUUCCACUGAUUAAGAAAUUAACUGAUCUCGCUGCAUAGUCCAGGUUAGGAUUGAAAUCUUCCUAAUGACUAGACUGGUGUGGCCAGUCAGUUCUGACAAAUGGUAAGCUCCAUUAAGAUUGGGUAAGACCCCGUGAUUUGACGACCGAACUGACAGGAAAAUCUGGUCGUAAGUGAUUUCCAGAUAAGAAAUACUUUAUGCAACGUGUAGGUCAGAAUGUUAAUAUGAAUGGAUGUAGUCGUACUAUUACCGAGGCUGCCGUAAAAAUGUGGUGCUCGUUACCCCUUUAAACCACUUAUUUCAAAAUUUAAAGUAUUCAUUGUCGCCCCUAAACAUUUCUGUCUUACGUGGAGGGGACCUGGGCUGGACCUUGUACCGCAAACUCUGAAGUCUGGACUCUUGACACGGAACUCCGAAAUUAAUAACAAUUUCUUGAGGUAUUGUCGUUUUUUACACAGUCUAGUCUAGCGCAGUUUCCUGUGAAACUCAGAAAUCAGUCAGUCAACACCAGAAAUAAUUAUUAUGAAAUACAUUGCGCUGCGAGGCCAAAAGCCAAUAAGACGCGAGAAAACUAAACCGCGCACACAACUGAGAACGCAACGGUAAAAUAGUUUGCACUUGCCACGAGUUUUCUUGUGAUUGGUUACUGCACAGUUUACGUGCCUGAAAUAUUUUAGAUAUUCGUGGUUUUCUGAGUUUGAUAUCAGGGACUUAUAAGAACGCGGUGGCAGCGAAAACGUCGCUUAAAAAGUGAAUUUGCGUUCCUGCAGUCUUUAUCGCGAUUAUUCCUACACACUUACUUCGUCACAGAAAUAAAAUUCCAUCGUCGCUUGUUUACGUCCUCUUUACAACGUGAAAGUAGGCAAUUUCACGAUGUAGUCGUGCAAAAACGGCUAAGAAAUGUGUAAAAAAUGUGUUGCACGUGCAAAGUUGUUAUUUUGCUCACUAAACCUAUUGUUUUUUUGACGUUCUCGUUGCCGACGCGUCGUCGGAUCUUUAACUCCCCAGAAAGGACGUACAAGAAAGUGAUAUAUUCAUCUUAUUGUAAGAGCAUUGUGCACAAGAAAACGUUUAGUCUACUUCGAAAAAAUCGAUUAAUAUCCCACCAGCCCCAUACUCCAAAAAAGUUGUUUCGUUGUGUUUUCGAACUCGUGCGCCAUACAAUGUAUGACGUUGCCAUGCC